AUGCCGCCGAAGCGGCACUACGAAGCAAUGCCAGUGCGCUUGAAUCGCCAGAGGUUCAAACAAGUGUUCCGUGAGCUCGUGGUGACGAAGUGGAAGCUGCGCCUCCUCAGGCGCCGCUUCAAACGGGCACGUGCGUUCAUUGCCCACACGGCGCGUGCUUGCGACAGGAUGAUGAGUAGCGACAACACGAUGAACGAUAAUCACCUGCUUAUUCUCAAUCAGGCAGACGCCGCUGUGCCCAGCGGCGCCAUGACGGCGAGGAAGCGCGCCGCGCAGCAGCCUGCGGCAGGGGCGCCGAGGAGCAAGGGGGCCAAGGGGGCUCGCCACGAGGAGGAGGAGCACGGUGACGACGAGGGCUCCCAGCACUGGGCGCUGGGUGUCAGGGCCGCAUCUUGCGACCCGUGUGGCCAGAACACUCACGCCUUUGACAGGCGCUGCCAGAAGUCGUACCUCUGGUGGCCCAAGACGGAGAAGGUGAAGAACGGCCAUAAGGUCCCCAUGGGCAAGGAGUGCGGCUUCUGCAACUACGUGCGGAAGAAGUAUUACCCAACAGGUACCUCUCAGGCCGACGUCAACGAGGCCAAGUCGACGGCCGAGGGGGGAGCCCGCCACGAGAUGCUCAGGGAGGACAGGGCGUCGGGCGCCAACAAGAUGCAGGCCAAGGAGGCGGCGAACAUCAAAGCCGCGACAGUUACUGGACAGAGGGCCUUCGAUGAAGCGUUCGCUGAAGGCACAUUCGAACCGUUGUGGUCGUUCGCCAGCGAUCGCAACCUGGAUUUCGACUCGGAGGAGGAGCUCGUGCACUACAUCACGCAUUCCUUGGGCUUCCAGUGCGGGCCAGGCAAGUACGGCGACUACGGCGUCUUCGUCACGGAGGGCCCGAAGGGCAGCUACCGGUUUCGCCGUGGCCUGGCGGAUCUCAGCGAGAUCCACAAGAAGGAGAGCCAUGAGAACGGGGAGGACGCGGAGGAGCAGCACGCUGAGAACUCCAAGAAGAUCGUCGGUGACUUUCGGACGGCCAGGCUGAUGGGCACGAAGACAGGCGGCAUCUUGUCCAGCUCCUCAGAUCUGUCGCCACGCGGAAGCCACUGCCCGAGCUUCGACUUCCCGCCGAGUGCGGCUGCAGGUGCUCAGGCGCACCGUGGCGACGCCGAUGACACCAGCUCGCUCCUCAGCGUGCAGUCGCGCCGUCGCUCCGUCCGAGCCCCGACCGAAGGCUCGCCUGCGACGCCGUGCUUCAGAUCCAAGGCGGCGCCCACCGUGACUGACAAGAAGAAGAAGCUCAGAGUGAGUGACGGCGCCGUCGACGCGGGCAGGAAGCUCUUGGAGGAGGUCAAGGAGAAUUGGACGUGCGAUAUUCUUUGGAACAAGAAGUACAGGGCCAGAGACUUCGAGAACCUUUUGACCAGGAUUUCGGCGAAGGCCUCGAAGGUAUCGACGGUCAUGGGCGACGAGUCUGCCGCGUCCAUCGCCGAGGACCUCUUCCAGGCGAGCGUGGACCUCGAGGAGUCGCGGGCUUUCGUCGCCAAGUUGAGGGAUUCGCCAGAGCAGGUGGUCGACGACAUUGGGAAAAGGGGCGCCUCCUUCAUCAAGAACGUGGACGACCUCACGAAGGCGAACAUCCUGUCCACGACGAUGUUCGCGCUGCUCGGCAGCAAGUCCGUGGAGACCCAAGCGCUCGGAGUUCGGCUAGCUCGAUUCCGCGAUGAUCCAGGUGUCCUCUCGAUUGCGAUCCUGCGCGAUGCGCCCGCGGAGUUCCAGACGACUUGCCAACAUAAUCUCGUGCAGGCGUUCACGGACAAGCUCAUCCAGAAGGGUUCGCAGCAGGAGUUCAUGGACGUCAUGAAGGCAGCCGAUGCCACCAUCGGCCCGUGCGACAUGGACAGCAUCGACCCCAGCAUCCCGCAGAUCGAUCCAAGCACUGGUUGGGCCCCCUCGGCGUUGGCGGACUUGCACGCGAUUCGGUACUUUAGCCACGUGGCAGCCACUGACUCGAAGGAUAAGCUCCCGCGGUCGCUCAAGAAUCUUGGAAUCCAGCUGACCAACAACAAGGAUAAGUUGAGCAGCCGUCUCCGCGUGUGCAUGCGCGUGAGCGCAGGCACCGUGAACUGGGCUAAAGCAGGUUGGGAUCGCUUGUCAUCGGCAUCGGGUGCGGGAGAGGCCAACGUCACCACUUUCGGAGAUGAUGCGUUCAAGUCCGUGAGCGCGUUCGUCGCGUGCAUCAGCGACAUGUGCCACAGGUGCGAUAAUCAAGAAGGGCCUGUUGCCGUCUGGACGCUCCUGUCGGAGUACAUGUCCGACGACGCGGUCAUGGAGAACAUCCAGGCGCUAGCGAAGUACAUCGACGGCCUCGACGACACUGGCGAGACCAAGGAUGGCGAUGACAAGAUCCUGGCGCUCAAAGACCGCGUGAGAGAUAUAUUGUAUGAGUCAAUUGGCAUGGCGAUGGGCUUCUUCAACUACUUCUCCAUGGACAUCGACGGGAUCUAUACUGGCAACGAGGGCUUCGAAGAUGCCGACGCCGACGCCGACGCCGAUCCAUUCAGGGUGCUGUCCAAGCUCGCGUGGGUCAUCUUGUUGUUCGAUGUCCCCCCCGCGGAGCGGAACACGAUCAAGGAGAUGAAGAGUCGGUGCGAUCUCAUUGUUUCGGCGAACGAGGUCAAGAUCCAGAGCGCAUCCAAGCCUAUGGAGAGCGGCAUCGUGAUGUGGAGCGAGGUCUGGCAGCAGGAGUCAUCCAUCUCAUGUUCGCCACGUUUGCCUGAAGCCUCACGCGGUGCGUUGCCCUUCCAGGAGUUCAAUAACCGCAUGGCUUGCCGCCCAGUCAGUCGGCCGAUCGUGGACUACGUGACGCGCGCCGCUGCCUCGGACGGUUGUUCCAAGAUGACCCCGAAGUUCUUGCAGGUCGCAGUGGAUCUCAAGAACGUGCUGCCCGUCGACGUCCAGACUGACGUCGCGGCGUGCCAAGCCUACAACUUGAUCAAGGGCGCGGCCUCAUCUGCCCCGGUCGGCAAAAUGAUCGGCUGCAUGCAGGCGACUUCCGUCUUGAAGAGCUUCGAGGAUCUGCGCGGACCGAUCGCCGACAAAGCAGAGGUGGGCGAGUGGCGUGAGGUGAUCAUCAAGGAGUGGAGCGCUCGCUUCGCUGAGUUGCUCAAGAAGCUGGACUGCGAGCCAGCGCAGAAGUUCGUGGACAAGUGCCGCCCCGCGGGUGAGGACAUCAUGUCGGCGAUCAGCGCCUGGACGUUCCACGAGGCAGGUAGCCCGAAGACGUGGCUGGCCUCUUCGGCGAGGGACUUGGCGCGGGAGCAGCAGUUCAAAGCGGUGGAAUUCUUCGUGCCCUCGCUGCCCACGUCCGAGCGCACCGUCGAGGAGCUCAAGAUGGCGAAGUCGUCAUUGACGUGGAUGAGCCCCCUGCAGGCCGCCCAACUGGACGAGCUGGUCACCGCCGUUCCCGUGGCCAAAGACUUGGCCAAGACGGCCACCCUCAUCAUGGCCAGCUGCGUGAUGACGAACAGCAUCCUCACGAAGAUCGGCAAGGCCGAGACGAAACGCUACGUGCUGGAGAAGCUCGCGGUCAGGAAGGCCGACCUCCCCGAGAAGCUGGUGGCCGCGAUGGACGCCUCGCCCGAGGAGUCGUCCGCGUGCGCCGACGCCGGCGCGGCGCCAGGUGCCGCGUCGGAGCCCGCCCCGUCGCUCGAUGGCGCGGCCGCGCCGAAGCCCAAGGGGUCACUCAAGGCCCCCAAGUUGCCGCCAAAGAAGGCCGAAU